UCUAAAGAACACGCACACGUAUAACGAGAAAAAGGUAUCCAAGAGCCCGAAGAGGUACACCUUAAAAUCCCUGCAGCACCGUAUGCGUGCCCAAAAACUGAACUGCACGUCCGUCCCACCGUUCGACUACAGUAGCAUCACCCCCUCCCUGUCCCACUCUAUACCAAAACGGAAGAUUGCCGACUACAGCAUAAUGCUGUCUGAAGUGCUGUCUGCACAAAACCAAUGCACCCGGGUUAGCCACGCCAUCUCUGACGUGUCUCUCUACAAAACCAGUGACGACGUCAUCACAUAGAACCAACACCGAAAAUCAGGAAAAAAACGAGAAAAAUUGACAACACAGAUCAGAUAUAAAUGUUUGUCCGUGCGCCACGGGUCGAUGUCGCCCGCAUGCUCCGGUGCCGCUGCUCCGUCCGGCGCCGCUGUAGUCAGCCCGAGCAUAACGCCACUCGACCUGCUCCGUCCGUACACGCUCUCGUUGCUGUCCUUCCCAGUCGGUUCCUCGCUUUCUCCCUCCUUGCACUCAAGGUUCUUGGUCUGAAAAAUAAAAAUUCUCGCGCCGAAGGGGUCAACCAGCCCAGUUCAGCUCGUCGCCACCUGCUCCCUCCUCCUUUGAUGGCGAAGCCAGGUUACUGAGGCAAUACAGCUCCCUCUAGCAAACCUAGGGCCGUGUAGUGCCCGUCCACCUUUCUGAUGGUGUCUGCCUUCGCGCACAAAAACGAGAUGGGAAUCACUGCCAACGCCGACGGCCAGAAAGGCCCGCGCAUCUACAUUUUCCCGCCUGACCCCAUCAGUGCC